GGCCGGCACCGGAAGCGGAAGCUGCGUGCCGGACGCGGCUGGCAUUCUGGGUAAUGGUCUGUUUACUUCCUGCGGCUGGAGGAACCUGUGUUGUCGCAUCGGUGAGGAUGGCCCUGGAGACGGUACCGAAGGACCUGCGGCAUCUGCGGGCUUGUUUGCUGUGCUCGUUAGUCAAGACUAUAGACCAGUUCGAAUAUGAUGGGUGUGACAAUUGCGAUGCAUAUCUACAAAUGAAGGGCAACAGAGAGAUGGUUUAUGACUGCACCAGCUCUUCAUUUGAUGGAAUCAUUGCGAUGAUGAGUCCAGAGGACAGCUGGGUCUCCAAGUGGCAGCGCGUCAGUAACUUUAAGCCAGGUGUAUAUGCUGUGUCCGUCACUGGUCGCCUGCCCCAAGGAAUCGUGCGGGAGCUGAAAAGUCGAGGAGUGGCCUACAAAUCCAGAGACACAGCAAUAAAGACCUAGCUAGGUGCAGGCCAUAGCAUCUUGUUCUUUACUUCUGUACUUGUUUUCUUGUGGAACUAAGCAGGUGGGACCCCAAAGACUCCCCGCCCUCCAUCUCAGAAUCAGCAGACUCGAUGAACGCAGCACAUCGGCCUUAAGUCAUCUCACUUUCUCUGCCCACUGGUGAAGUGGGAGUGUCUGGGCGGAUUCUCAGAGGCUGUGUCAGGAGAGGAAGAUGGUGAUUUCCCACCUGUGUUCAGGGUUUUGCCUUUGUCUAUGGGCAGGACUUUGGUUCAAAUACCAAUAAAACGAACCUUUGGAACAUA